UCUACACCGUAGACUGUAGCACAACACUGUCAGCUGCUCAUUUCAUACUCGCGUGACAUACGAAGCUUCGACGGGUGAUCACUUUUUUUUGGCCAUUCGAAGCCACGCUCUCAACACGUAUCGGUACCCAUUGCUUCGAAAGGUCGAUACCUCUUCGUGAGCACGGCUUCGAGCCGUAGGUAUUGCAUCCUAUUCAGUACAUGACAGUCAAGUGUGUGAAAAUAUAGAAUGGACAAGCAAAUCAGAGUGCCUGCCAUGUCCAAAAUGGAGGAUGCAAGGAAUGUGAAGGACGAAGAUAAACUUUACAAGUUUGAAGGGAUCCUGUACUCUUCCAUCAUGAGUCCUCCAGAAAAUCUCAAAGCGAUGAAGAACAUGGAGGCCAGACCAGAGGACUCUCUGUUGGUAGCUUAUCCUAAAUGUGGGUUCAAUUGGAUGAUUAUUGUGAUCUUCAAAAUCAUGGCUGCAACCACUGGGCCAAAAGAAAUGCCUGCUGUGCCGCAGAUGCUUGAAUUCUUCUCACCUGAAAUGCAACAGAUGGUUAAAGAGAAGCCCUCCCCUCGGUUAUUGGGCACACACAUGCACCCAGAUAAUAUACCCAAAUCUUUUACAGAAAAGAAAACAAAGAUGCUGGUUGUGUUUCGAAACCCAAAAGAUACGGUUGUGUCCUACUACCACUUCAUGAACAACAACCCUGUUCUGCCAAAUGCCAAAUCCUGGGACGCCUUUUUCACAGACUUCAUGAAAGGAGAAGUGGCUUGGGGCUCUUACUUUGACCAUGCCCUGGCUUGGGAGAAAUGCAUGGAUGAUCCAAAUGUGAUGAUUGUGACUUACGAGCAACUGAAAGAGAAUCUCGUGGACGGGGUACAGAUGGUAUCAAAGUUCUUUGGCUUUCCUUUGACCGAUGAGCAAGUCCAGACCAUUGCAAGCGAGAGCACCUUUACAGCCAUGAAGGAGAGCUCCAAGAACACUCAUGGUGGACAUGGCAGCGUGUUUUUCCGCAAAGGUGAAGUUGGAGACUGGAAAAAACAUUUCAGUGAGGCCCAAAGCAAGCAGAUGGAUGAUGAGUUUCAGAAGCACUUGGCUGGCACUAAACUGGGGGACAAAUUGAAAUAUGAUGUUUACUGCAAGUAAAUUAUCCUGGGAACUCCAUAACACACUUAGCGUAGUAAUAUUUUUUUUACAGUAAAUUGUUGUUCAUGUCAUUGUUAGAUUUUGUGAUUAUAUAGAAUGCAUGUUGUUCUACACUUUUACUUCCUAUUUGUCCUUACAUUUAAUCAUUGUAAGGCUGGGUGUCCCCCUGCCCCCACUUCUCAUAUGCUAAAAUAUGGAGUUGCUGGACCGGGUCUCUACUUGAUGGCUCUCACAUUCCAUUGUGUAACUUCCUGUAGCAUUGCAAGUCAUAUGUUAAUAAGUAAGGGUCAAGAAGUGGUCUGAUUGGUUGGUCUUGUGUAUAAAGGGAAUUGUAAUGCGUUGUCCUGUGGAUUCUUCAUCUCCUGAGACAUUCUCCUCAGCUCUGGCUUGUCCUUGUGCUCAUUCUCCUUGCUCACCUCUUGCUUUCUAUCUCUGGUUUUACAAUAAUUAUGGUAGAGUAUGUAAGAGCUAACCUUCAACUUGUAACCAUUUUGCCUUGUAAUUGGUAAGUAAUUGAAGUACUAGUGUACUUCACGUCACUGGAAUAUGAAUCACACAAGAAACUAAGUGAUGACCAAAGUUUGAUAUGCUCCUUUUUUCAAUAGGUUAUAUUUACAGAUUGUAUUUUGUGUGUUUGUUCUUACAUUCUCAUCUGUGUUUAUACAGGCUUUUGGAGAGAGAAAAAAGUCCCAUCUUGUGGAUGGGAUGGAGACUGAUAAUUUCAUAUUAAAGGAUUUUCUGGUGGAAUAGCCUCUUCAAAAUGCUCUGAACAUUCUGUGUUGUUUCAA